AGUGUCCUGCUUUCUCAAAAACCCUUCCACCUGAGAAUUGAAGCACCCAUGUUCGUCCACCUGAUAUUAACUCUUAUUUAUCCAAAUUCGAUAAAGGAACAAGCUUUCUCACUGUAAUUUACCACCUGCAAGCAAUAGAUAGCUAAGGAGAUGGAGCAAUCGCAAGAGAGAGAAGAGCUCACGCUGGUGGCACGAAAACCCUGCUUUGACCUCCCAACAGCUUGUCCAAUCUGCUUGCCUGUCUACAUUUAUCUCAAGCUCGCUCGGAUUCCCUUUACCUUGGAAUUCAAUUCCAUCUACCCUGAUUCAGAUCAAAUCCCUUAUGUUGAAUAUGGUGCUUAUGUGGCCUACAAUAACGAGAAUGAUGGAGUUAUUGAACGUUUAAAGCACGAUGGUGUUGUUGAUCUUGAUUCUGAAUUCCAGUCAGUGCCAGAGUGGCUAUCAGCAAAAGCCAUGAUCAGUUCUUGGCUCGCUAAUGCAAUCACAUAUGAACUGUGGCUAGGUUCUGAUGCGAGUGUGGCUUACAAGAUUUAUUAUUCUGAUCUCCCAUGGCCCAUAAGGAAGUUUCUGUUCUUAAAGCAAUUAUAUAGUGUGAAGCAGCGUCUUGGGAUAACUAAAGACAAUGCCCAGUGGAGGGAAGAACAGAUUUACAAGAGGGCAAAGAUGGCAUAUGACGCACUGUCAACUAGGUUAGGAGAGCAGGAUUUCCUCUUCGAGAAUAGGCCAUCACAUUUAGAUGCGCUCUUCCUUGGACAUGCUCUUUUCACUCUUCAAGCAUUACCUGAAACCUCAGUGCUUCGCAGCAAACUCUUGGAGCAUGAUAAUAUUGUUAGAUAUGCUGGAAAACUUAAAAUGGAGUUUUUGGAGGCCAAUUCAUCAUCUUCUGCCCCACAGCCACACUCAUUUCCUUCUUCAUCAGCUCCAAGAAGGCAGACCUCGAAUUGGAGUUCAAAGCCUAAGAGCAAACCCAAGAGGGAGAAAACGGAGGAGGAGAAAAAAUUUAAAUGGAGGUCCAAAUACUUUUUGGCAGCACAGGGUCUUGCAGUACUACUUUUUCUGUCAGUCAUGGGUUAUGGUUCUGCUGAAGUUGAGCUUGAGGGUGAUGAUGAAGGCUUCAACUAUGAUUAACUAAGAAAGUUCCUCAGUUACCUGUCGACUUGUGUCCCAUUUUCCCUGUGAUUAUCAACGAGGCAAGCAUCAUGUUGAGGAUCAAUUUUUCCUUUUUUUAUUCGAUAUUCUGUGACUUUGCAUCAAAAUUUUGGAAAAUAAACAAUUAAACAUCCAUACAAAGGAAAAUUUCUCAUUCUUUUCCACUAGAGAUGGAGAUGUUAUUUGGGUGGUAUAUUUUGUACUC